AUACGGUUAAGCUGCCGGAACGCACUGGAAUGCAGUUGCAAAAUAUGUGUAUAGAUUACACCGAAUCCCUCAUUAAUCAUCGGGCACUGGGGAAAUGUUUGUUAUCACUGAUGUAUUGCUCCAACAUUGUAGAUAAAGGCAAAUACAACUACUUCAUUUCGAAUGUUCCUCAUAGUCUGUUUUAAUAAUCGUUUUAGCUCCGAAUGAACCAGCCAACCGUUGGAGAGAGAUUUUUGCGAUUUGCCACUAAAACAGCAGUUCGCAUAUUGCCGAAAGAGGCUAAAAUUCUGGUGAGAAAGUACAAAAAGUUGAGAAGUGGCAAGAACUUUAGGAAAAUCCAAGAAACAGCGACAACGACACAAAAUAUGCCACCACCAAAAUCGAGCAAGAAGAAAGUUCAAAGUCAAGGACAGGAGAAAGUAGCUGCCGAAGUGGAAAUUGCAGCACCGACAACUCCCAACAUUCCUGCAGAAGUCAAGGAAGCGUUGGUGGAAGAAUUUAGAAAAAUGUCACUUGAAGGGGGUGAGAGCGUUGGUUUACCUCAAGAAAGCAAGAAAAGUGAUGCCAAUACCAUUCCUCCAGCAGAGUUGAUUUCUACAGAUUCCAAAAGCGAGACCAAAAAUGACAAAAUACGAUUUCAAAAAUACAAUAUUCGCCUUGAAGAUAUUAUCAAAUUCCGUGAGAAGUUGAAUGACAUUGAAAUCAAACAAUUGUCCCUUCCUCCAGCUUGGUCUAAGACAAUUAAUGAAGUUGACAGUCGGGCUAAGGAUGAAGUGCAAAAGGCACGUGAUGAAGUUGUCGAAGCGCAAAUAAAUGCUGGAAACUUGAAAGAUGAGCUAGAUGAGGCACAUGCACUAUUACGCGCAGCAAAUACAAAGAAUGAAAAGUAUACCCGAGAAGUCGAAGCUCAAAGGCAGGAUUACGCUCAACUUCAACACCAACUUUCUGAAACUGAAGCUAAACUUAAAGAAACGUAUGAAAAGUGUGAUGAUCUUGAAAAUCAAGCUCAAGAGAAGGACAAAAAUUUGCAAGACGCUAAGGAAAAAUAUGUCCAAGAAAGAGACGCUAAAACCAGAGUUGAGCACGCCUUAAAACAAUUAGAGGCUGACCUUGCGAUACAACUUCAACUAAAGGACGGCCAACUGUCGCAAAUUAUUGAGGAACACACAACUCAGAUUAGCACUAAAAAUGACGAAAUUGCCAACAUGAUUGAAGAAAUUCGAAAAAUAGAUGCAAACUACAAGCUAGCAUUGGUCAAAAAGGCCAAUGAUCUUGAAGCAGUGUACUCUCGCAGAUACAGUGAACACCAGCAGCAAAUGGACUCCGUCCAAAAUGAUGUUAUCGACAGGGAAAAAGAAAUUGAGACAUUGAAGGUUCAACUUAAAGAAUCAUUCGAACGUAUUUCCAACCUUGAGAAAGAAAAUGCAAGCUUAAAGGCUGCUUUGGACAACACACAAAAAUCAGAGAAUAACUUGAGAGACUUGAUAACUGACAUUAAACGAGACUUGGAGAAAGUCCGCCAAUCCUACCAAGACGCCAACAAGGAACUUAAAGACAAAGAAAUUAAGUUCAUUGUGGAAGAUUUGGAACCAGAGUUUAUUAAAUACGAUGGGCUGCUUAUACUUGAGGAAAAAAGAAUCCAGGGAAUUCGUCAACGUCGCCUUGUCGUGGAUGAUAAUAAUAAUUAAUGCAAUCCAUAAAUUGACUUAAUUGCAUUGUACUAAUAUCAUGAUGCCAGUGACAUCAUACAUAUUUCCACGACUAUUGAUUUUUAACAGUAAAUGCACCUUGUGACAUAUGUAUUACAUAGCUCAACAAAUCGAAUAACAGUAUGUCUGAUUAAAUUAUUCCUUCCAAUUGCAUAAGAAUACAUGCAAUCUGUUUAUUGAAUUACUUAAUACAUAUGACACGUAUCUAAUCAUUUAAUGAUGAGGAAUGAUUGAAUAUGUAACUACAAUUCCUGGAAUUCUACUAAAUAAAUGUUCAUGAUGAGUCAGGUGACCAA